GCGGGCAGUGCCCCUUCAUGCGCAUCAUCCACGUGCUCCGUCGUCCACGUGCCCGUCGUCGACCUCCACGCGCUCUUCGUCCACGUUCACCAAGCGCCGCAGCGGUCUACAUUGGCCACGUGCACCUUGCUUUUGAGUUGCGGACGACAUGGCACCGCGGGGCGCGUCAGGGAAGGACAAGAGAGACAACGUAGUAGGUGAGGGGGGGGGAAACCAAAAAGGUGGCCACGUGCCAAAGUCCAAAAGGCAGCGCGUUGAUGAGGUGAUAUCCGAAAACACUGACGGCUUUCAAGCAGAGGAAGUGGCGAUGGUGGAUCCGCAAGGGACAGCAGGGGCGAAGCGAUUGGGUUUUGGGCGGGAUGGGGUGUCGAGGGAACAACUGGCCGCUCUCAAACAAAGCGUCGUUGGUGGUGCUGCCGGGGCGUUGCCAAGGACCCCGAAGGCGGCAGGGAUUGUCAUCACCGGGGCGCGCGUGCUAAGGCAACUUUCGGCAGUGGUCGGCCAGGGGCAGCCAUGUCAGGGACUCCCCCCGCAACAGGCGGGGGCUUCAGGGGCAGGGAAAACACCGUCCACGCAAAAGGCUGAGGCGACGGAGGGCGGCAGUCGGAUGGUGGUGACGGAUCACACCACUGGAAGCGGACUUACCGAAGGUGCGGAAAAGGGGAGGGUCGAUGACGUCCACCGCGACGAUGGGAGAAGAGAUGGGAGGCGGAAGGGCGAUGAUGAGGACAACCGUCCACUUGUUGCCAGGUUGAAGGGAGCGACAAAGGAGGAUGAUCUCGAAGACAGGUCGAAGUUGUGGGUUGAUUGCGAUGCUUUUUGGGGUCAGGGCCCGGAGAAACCCUUGAGGGAGGCGGUAGGCGAUUGCGCGGACUACUUUGUCGCCAUCGCUAACGGAGACGCAGGAGCUGAAACGCCGUCGAUGCUCAUAAUGCCGCCCAAUAAUGUGCUGCGCUUCAAGAUCGAGGACCCUGCGCAGCGUGAACCUGCUCUGCGCAGAACGCGCAACGUGGAGAAACUGGUGUUGCACACCAUCCACGGCUGGAUCUUCAAAUCAUCGUCGAGGUCGACUGGCUUCGCUCGUGCAGAGUCCUACAUCACCGUCGACUUUGCAACAGAUGUCGCACGAGCUGUUUGGCAGGGAUUAAAAUGGUCGAAAGUGGUUUCCCCUGCCCUCAUCUACCACAUGUUGGCGAUGAAGAUGGACGUGCCUCUGUGGUUCGCGGGGGUGAAGAUUGUGGACAGGCCCAAAGACGACGACAUAGCGGCGCGGCAGGAGGCGACAGUUCUUCGCCUGGGGGACUGCUAGACAAAUGAACUUUGGUGCGGACAAUG